GACGGAGUUCAACCACCGAGUGGAAGAGGGAGGGAAGAGAAAGAAAGGAGAGAAAAAAAGAGAAGAGAGAGAACAGAGAGAACGAGGCGAAGGGAGCGGACUAGUGCGCAGUUUCUGUGGAUUGAAAAGGGAAAUCUGAAGCGCAUCGACACGGAUCCACACGGAGUCCCUGGAGUUUGAGACAAGCCGAGCCCCGAGCGUCUGCAUCUGCAUCUGAUCAGCAGCAACCAUGUCGGACGCCGACAAGUUCCUGUACGUGGACCGCAACCUGGUCAACAACCCGCUGGCGCAGGCCGACUGGGCCACCAAGAAGCUGGUGUGGGUGCCCUCGGAGCGGCUGGGGUUCGAGACCGGCUCAGUGAAGGAGGAGCACGGCGAUGAGGUGGUGGUGGAGCUGGCCGACUCGGGGAAGAAAGUGCGGGUCAACAAGGACGACGUCCAGAAGAUGAACCCGCCCAAGUUCAGCAAGGUGGAGGACAUGGCCGAGCUCACCUGCCUGAACGAGGCGUCCGUGCUGCACAACCUGAAGGAGAGAUACUACUCCGGCCUCAUUUACACGUAUUCGGGUCUGUUCUGUGUGGUCAUCAACCCUUACAAGAACCUGCCCAUCUACUCCGAGGAGAUCGUAGAGAUGUACAAGGGCAAGAAACGACACGAGAUGCCACCGCACAUCUACGCCAUCACAGACACGGCCUACAGGAGCAUGAUGCAGGACCGUGAGGACCAAUCGAUUCUCUGCACGGGUGAAUCUGGCGCCGGAAAGACCGAAAACACCAAGAAGGUCAUUCAGUAUCUGGCCCACGUGGCCUCGUCCCACAAAACCAAGAAAGACCAGAGCAGCUCGGUCCUCUCACAUGGUGAGCUGGAGAAGCAGCUGCUGCAGGCCAAUCCCAUCCUCGAAGCCUUUGGGAAUGCCAAGACCGUCAAGAACGACAACUCUUCCCGAUUCGGCAAAUUUAUCAGAAUCAACUUUGACGUUAAUGGGUACAUCGUCGGAGCCAAUAUUGAAACCUACCUGUUGGAAAAGUCCCGUGCGAUCCGUCAAGCUAAAGAAGAAAGAACCUUCCACAUGUUCUACUACAUGCUGACCGGCGCAGGAGACAAACUGCGCUCUGAACUCUGUCUGGAGAGCUACAAUAAGUACCGGUUCCUGUCCAAUGGGAACGUGACGAUCCCGGGACAGCAGGACCGAGACAUGUACCUGGAGACCACGGAGGCUAUGAGGAUCAUGGGAUUCCCUGAGGAAGAACAGAUCGGUCUGCUUAGAGUCAUUUCGUCAGUGCUCCAGCUGGGUAAUAUGUCCUUUAAGAAGGAGCGCCACUCAGACCAGGCCUCCAUGCCUGAUGACACAGCUGCUCAGAAGGUGUGCCAUCUGAUGGGGAUGAACGUGACUGAUUUUACACGCGCCAUCCUCUCGCCUCGGAUCAAGGUGGGCCGUGACUACGUGCAGAAGGCCCAGACCCAGGAGCAGGCAGAGUUUGCGGUGGAGGCUCUGGCCAAAGCCACGUACGAGAGGAUGUUCCGCUGGCUGGUGAUGCGCAUCAACAAAGCUCUGGAUAAGACCAAACGUCAGGGCGCCUCCUUCAUCGGCAUCCUGGACAUCGCCGGCUUUGAGAUCUUCGAUUUGAACUCGUUCGAGCAGUUGUGCAUUAACUACACAAACGAGAAGCUCCAGCAGCUCUUCAACCACACCAUGUUCAUCCUGGAGCAGGAGGAGUACCAGCGUGAGGGCAUCGAGUGGAGCUUCAUCGACUUCGGCCUCGACCUGCAGCCCUGCAUCGAACUCAUCGAGAAACCAGCGAGUCCUCCAGGAAUCCUGGCUCUCCUGGACGAGGAGUGCUGGUUCCCCAAAGCCACGGACAAGAGCUUCGUGGAGAAGGUCCUACAGGAGCAGGGGACACAUCCCAAGUUCCACAAGCCCAAGAAACUCAAGGACGAGGCAGAUUUCUGCAUCAUGCACUAUGCUGGAAAGGUGGAUUACAAGGCGGAUGAGUGGCUGAUGAAGAACAUGGACCCGCUGAACGAUAACGUGGCCACUUUGCUCAAUCAAUCCACCGACAAGUUUGUUUCAGAGCUGUGGAAAGACGAGGUCCAGAACUGUCAGAGAGCUUAUUUCUAUCAGCGUUUUCCUUACCUUCAUUUAGAGCCAGGUGACAUCUUUGUGGACCGUAUCGUGGGUCUGGAUAAGGUGGCUGGCAUGUCGGAGCUGCCGGGAGCGUUUAAGACCCGUAAGGGAAUGUUCCGGACGGUCGGGCAGCUCUAUAAGGAGCAGCUGUCCAAACUCAUGGCCACUCUCAAAAACACCAACCCCAACUUCGUCCGCUGCAUCAUUCCCAACCACGAGAAAAAGGCUGGUAAGUUGGAACCUCACCUGGUUCUUGAUCAGCUCCGGUGUAAUGGCGUCCUGGAGGGAAUCCGUAUCUGCAGACAGGGAUUCCCCAACCGCAUCGUCUUCCAGGAGUUCAGACAGAGGUAUGAAAUCCUCACGCCCAACGCCAUUCCCAAGGGCUUCAUGGAUGGCAAACAGGCUUGUGUGCUGAUGAUCAAAGCGCUGGAGCUGGAUCCAAACCUGUUUCGGAUCGGACAGAGCAAAGUGUUUUUCCGCGCUGGAGUGUUGGCUCACCUGGAGGAGGAGCGUGAUAUGAAGAUCACAGACGUCAUCAUUAACUUCCAGGCCUGGUGCCGUGGAUAUGUUGCCCGCAAGGCGUUCGCUAAGAGGCAGCAGCAGCUGACGGCCAUGAGGGUGAUCCAGAGGAACUGCUCUGCGUAUCUGAAGCUCAGGAACUGGCAGUGGUGGAGACUCUUCACUAAGGUGAAGCCGCUGCUUCAGGUGAGCCGACAGGAAGAGGAGAUGCAGGCCAAAGACGAGGAGCUCAACAAAGUUCGGGAGAAGCAGAUGGUGGCUGAACAGCAGCUGAAGGAGAUGGAGCUCAAACAGCAGCAGCUGGGCGCGGAGAAGCUGGCUCUUCAGGAGCAGCUGCAGGCGGAGAUGGAUCUGUGCACCGAGGCCGACGAGAUGAGGAACCGUCUGGUGGCCAAGAAGCAGGAGCUGGAGGAGAUCCUGCACGACCUGGAGGCCCGCGUGGAGGAGGAGGAGGAGCGGGCCAAUCACCUGCAGACAGAGAAGAAGAAGAUGCAGCAGAACAUCGCCGACCUGGAGCAGCAGCUGGACGAGGAGGAGGCGGCGCGACAGAAGCUGCAGCUGGAGAAGGUCACCAUGGAGGCCAAACUCAAGAAGACCGAAGAGGACGUGAUGGUGCUGGACGACCACAACAACAAGCUCUCCAAGGAGAAGAAACUCAUGGAGGAACGCAUCGCUGAGUUCACCACCAACCUGGCCGAGGAGGAGGAGAAGUCCAAGAGCUUACAGAAACUCAAGAACAAGCACGAGGCCAUGAUCACCGACCUGGAGGACCGUCUGCGUCGUGAGGAGAAGCAGCGUCAGGAGCUGGAGAAGAACCGCAGGAAGCUGGAGGGCGACUCUACAGAGCUUACCGACCAGAUCGCAGAGCUGCAGGCUCAGAUCGCUGAACUACGAGCACAGCUCGCCAAGAAGGAGGAGGAGCUUCAGGAGGCGCUCGCCAGGAUCGAGGAGGAAGCGGCUCAGAAGAAUCUGGCGCAGAAGAAGAUCCGGGAGCUGGAGGCUCAGCUGAGCGAGCUUCAGGAGGAUCUGGAGCUGGAGCGAGCGGCUCGAACCAAAGCUGAGAAACACCGGCGAGACCUGGGAGAAGAGCUGGAGGCGCUGAAGACGGAGCUGGAGGACACGCUGGACUCCACCGCCGCGCAGCAGGAGCUCAGGACGAAGCGUGAGACUGAAGUGACUCACCUGAAGAAGACUCUGGAGGACGAGGCUAAAGUUCACGAGCAGCUGGUGACCGAGAUGAGACAGAAACACGGUCAGGCCUUCGACGAGCUCAACGAGCAGCUGGAGCAGGUCAAGCGGAACAAGGUGUCGGUGGAGAAGACCAAACAGGCUCUGGAGUCGGAGAGGAACGAGCUGCAGAUCGAGCUGAAGACGCUCAUGCAGGGCAAAGGAGAGUCGGAGCAGCGCAGGAAGAAAGCCGAGACGCUGCUGCAGGAGCUGCAGGUCAAACACGCCGAGAGCGAACGCCAGCGCUUCGAAUUCGCCGAGAAAGUCGCCAAGAUGCAGACUGAGCUGGAUAACGUCAACGCUUUGCUGAGCGAGGCUGAAGGGAAGUCGAUCAAAGCCUCGAAGGACUGUUCCUCCGUGGAGUCGACGCUGCAGGACGUACAGGAAGUGCUGCAGGAGGAGACGCGGCAGAAGCUAGCGCUGAACACACGUCUGCGUCAGCUGGAGGACGAGCAGAGCGGUCUGAGAGAGCAGCUGGAGGAGGAGGAGGAGGUCAAGAGGAACAUGGAGAAACAGAUGAGCAGCAUGCAGGCGCAGCUGGCCGACAUGAAGAAGAAGAUGGAGCAGGAGGCCAGUUUUCUGGAGAACACUGAAGAGACGAAGAAGCGCGUCCAGCGCGACCUGGAGGCCGUGACGCAGCGUCUGGACGAGAGAAACGCCGCCUUCGACAAGCUGGACAAGACCAAGACGCGCCUGCAGCAGGAGCUGGACGACAUGCUGGUGGACCAGGACCAUCUCAGACAGAUCGUCUCCAACCUGGAGAAGAAGCAGAAGAAGUUCGACCAGAUGCUGGCUGAGGAGAAGUCCGUCUCUGCCCGUUACGCAGAGGAGCGUGACCGCGCCGAAGCCGAGGCCCGUGAGAAAGAGACGCGUGUGUUAGCUCUCGCCCGUGAGCUGGACACCAUCAGAGACCUGAAGGACGAGAUGGACCGCACCAACAAACUGCUGCGUGCCGAGAUGGAGGACCUGGUGUCCUCGAAAGACGACGUGGGCAAGAGCGUUCACGAUCUGGAGAAGUCGAAGCGCUCGAUGGAGCAGCAGCUGGAGGAGAUGAAGACGCAGCUGGAGGAGCUGGAGGACGAGCUGCAGGCCACCGAAGAUGCCAAACUACGUCUGGAGGUCAACAUGCAGGCCAUGAAGGCGCAGUACGAGAGAGACCUGCAGGGACGAGACGAGCUGGGAGAGGAGAAGAAGAGACAGCUGCUCAAACAGGUGCGUGAGAUGGAGAUGGAGCUGGAGGACGAGCGUAAGCAGCGCACGCUGGCGAUGGCGGCGAGGAAGAAGAUGGAGCUGGACCUGAAGGAUCUGGAGGCUGCCAUCGACCAGGCCAACAAGAACCGCGACGAGGCGCUCAAACAGCUCAAGAAAGUGCAGGCUCAGAUGAAGGACCUGCUGCGGGAGCUGGAGGACACGCGUGUGUCCCGCGAGGAGAUCCUGGCGCAGAGCAAAGAGAACGAGAAGAAGGUGAAGAGCAUGGAGGCCGAGAUGAUCCAGCUGCAGGAGGAGUUGGCGGCCGCAGAGCGAGCCAAGAGACAAGCGCAGCAGGAGAGAGACGAGCUGCAGGACGAGAUCAACAACCAGGCCAACAAAGGCACCCUGGGCUCGGAGGAGAGGAGGCGUCUGGAGGCGCGCAUCGCUCAGCUGGAGGAGGAGCUGGAGGAGGAGCAGAACAACACCGAGCUGGUGAACGACCGGCUGAAGAGAGCCCUGCUGCAGACGGACCAGAUCAACGUGGAGCUGACGGCGGAGCGCAGCACCUCCCAGCGUCUGGAGGGAGCACGCUCUCAGAUGGAGCGCCAGAACAAGGAACUGAAGCUCAAACUCACCGAGUUGGAGGGAGCCGUCAAGAGCAAAUACAAGGCCACCAUCGCCGCCCUGGAGGCCAAGAUCAUCCAGCUGGAGGAGCAGCUCGACAUCGAGACCAAAGAGCGACAGCAGGCCUCAAAACUGGUGCGUCGUACAGAGAAGAGGCUGAAGGAGGUGAUUCUGCAGGUGGACGACGAGAGACGCAACACAGACCAGUUUAAAGAUCAGUCUGAGAAGCUGAACAGCCGCAUGAAGCAGCUGAAGCGGCAGCUGGAGGAGGCCGAGGAGGAGGCACAGAGAGCAAACGCCAACCGCAGGAAACUACAGCGAGAGCUGGAGGACGCCACCGAGUCUGCCGACGCCAUGAACCGAGAGGUCAACAGCCUGAAGGUCAAACUCAGACGUGGUGAUCUGCCCUUCACCAUGCGCCGCAUCGUCAGCCGCUCGGGAAUCGAGAGUGACGAAGACCCCGAGGCCAAGAUCGAAACCCCUGAACCUAAACCCGAGUGAAAGAAGCCGAACCGCAGCAUUCCCUCACAAACACACACAUACACAAGUCUUGGAUGGCAACGUCCACGAAAACUCAGAGAUACUUCGUCGUUUUUAGUUUUUUGUUCUUAUUUUAGUGCCAUAGUGUAUUCGCGCACACACAAUGGUUCUCCUGACAAUCACACACACGACAGCUUCACUCACACAGAGGACCAAAUUUGUGUUUUCAUGUCAAUGUCUAGAAUAGAAAAAGAACGGAAUGAUAUUUUUGUAAGGGCGCAUUCCGUCAAUUGUAGUCCCGAUUCCGGAUCUAUUUUUCUAACUGAAGUAAAAGGAUUAAAAAAAAAUGGUGAAGAAGAGAACUUAUUGAAGGGGACCAAAGCAAAUUUGCUUUCUACGAAACUGUAUUUUAUCCGUACGUUUUUAUAAUGGUAUAAGGAUGAACAUAGCGCUUGCUCUCUUGCACCUCUGCUGGUAAAUAAUAGAUUGUGAUGAGAAUUAUAGAUACUAUACUACAGUUACGCUUUUGGGCUUUACACAUGAAUAUUUAGUAAAUCAAACCAGCACUAAAAAUAUUAGAGAUUUUCAUGCUACCGUAUAUGCACAUUAAAUGGCAAAUACUGUUUUGAGCAAUAAAAUGGAGGGGUUUAUAGCACUGUUGCAGCAGAUUGAAGGAAUAAGGAUUGAGUAGGCAAUGCACGAACUCAUUUAGACAUGGCACUAUGCACUAUCGCCUUAAAUCUACUAUUUGGAUAUGUUCUGUUCCUCUCUUCUUUUCAGUAUAUGUGUCUUUAUUAAUGUUCAGGGCAUGAUUGGUGGAGGGUUGACGGUUUCUCUCACGCACACACUGUAAACGCUGAGCACGGCUGCGCGGGAAUCGACCGUUUGGGCGGGAGUUUUUAAAAAACAUGGAACACUUCCAUGACUACCUCUGAUCACGUGUAACACUCUGUGACGUCAUAUUUGAUUCUCUGAAAGAGCGAAGGAGAAUGGAUUUGAACGACAGCGAUCUCCUCCUCGAAGCUCAUGCUCAGCUUCUGCUUGUUUUCGCGCACACUGCUGGGAAGUCAGAGAAAUUUACUAUUAUUGAUUAAGUAUGGAUAGAUAGAGCAUUUCUCUCUCUCAUUCUCAUCGUCUCCCAAUUAUGACUUUGUGAUGUUAUGUUCUCUGUCUCUGCAACUCCUUAAUUAUAUCUGGAGAGAGUUGUCAUAAAUCGUUGGUGUAAUGAUGCAAUAAAAUGGCUUUUUCAAAA